AUGACCCCCACCAUUCACCUCGUCCGCCACGCGCAGGGCUACCACAACCUGAGCGUCGAAAACGAGAAGCUGCACGAUCCGGACCUGACGCCGCUCGGCGAGCAGCAGUGCCGCAAUCUCCGCGCCGCCUUUCCCCACCACGCCCGGCUCACCCGCCUCGUCGCCUCGCCCAUGCGCCGCACGCUCUGGACCUGUAUCCGGGCCUUUGGCGGCGACGGCGACGGCGGGCCCAUCGUCGCGCUCGACACCCUGCAGGAGCUGUCAGACCAGCCGUCGGACACGGGCUCGGCCGUGGCCGUCUUGGCAAAAGAGUUUGGCGACGCGGCGGACCUGAGCCGCGUCCGCGACGGCGUGUGGACCGACAAGCUGGGCGACACGCCGUUUGAGCCGACAAAGGACAAGAUUGAGGCGCGCGCGCGCGAGGCGCGACGGGCGCUGCGGGAGCUGGCCGGCGUCCACACGGACGGCCACAUUGUGGUGGUCACGCACGGCGCGUUCCUGCACUUUUUGACGGACGAGUUCCAGGAUCUCCCCAACGGAGGCGCAACCAGUUGGGAAAACUGCGAGUACCGCUCGUAUCAGUUUGCCGACCCCACGGGUGCCGACGACGGCGCGGCGAUUGUCGAGACGGACGAGAGCUGGCAACGCCGACGCGGCGACAAGCCCCGUCUCUCGCAACACGACCUGGAUGAGCUCCGAUCCGUGGCCCAGAGCCGCAUUGUACCUCGCCUCAAGUCCAGUGUGCGCCUGUGA